CUGGCCUCUUCAAUAACACCUCUAUCCAAGAGAGGAGAAGGUGACAAGUUUGGUAUUUUGGGAUCUGUAGCUCAAAGGAGGCAUCAGUUAAGUUUGAGGCCUAAGGCUUUACUGAAAUAAAGCUGCACAUAUGCAGAAGUUGUAGCUGCUGUUGAUGUGAACACUCUUGCCAAUGAUGUUUAUAAGCAUAACUUUCCCAGCACACCAUUGUGGGCGAAGACUAUUGAGGGCAUAACACUGAAAGAAUUUGACAGAUUAUCUUUUGAUAUGAUUUUGAUGAGUCCUCCCUGUCAGCCAUUUACAAGAAUUGGCCUGCAAGGUGAUGUGUCCGAUCCACGGACGAAGAGCUUUCUUUAUAUCCUUGAUAUUCUCCCAAGGCUUCAGAAGCUUCCAAAAUACCUACUUUUAGAAAACGUUAAAGGAUUUGAAUCCUCUUCUGCAAGAAAUGAACUUUUGCAAACACUAGCAACAUGUGGAUUUAAAUAUCAGGAAUUUCUCUUGUCUCCAACCUGUCUUGGCAUUCCCAAUUCUAGGCUGCGGUAUUUUCUAAUUGCGAGGCUUCACCAAGAACCAUUUUCCUUUCAAGCUCCUGGUCAAAUAUUGACAAGAUUCCCAGAUCAGGAUCCAGAAGAUUUACUCAGUGAAGAGGUUGCUGACAAAGUGAGUGAAACCAGUUCUUCUUUGUCCUCUGAAAAGAAGAAUCUGCAUCCAAACAUUGAUCCAGAUUGUAGCAGCAAGGAGAGUUUACCCAAAAGGGCCUUUCUAUUUAAGCUUGAAACAGUAGAAGAAAUGCAAAGGAAACAUAAUCAGGAUAAUGAUUCCUCUAUUCAAAUGCUGAAAGACUUCUUGGAAGAGGAAAAUGAAGAAAUGACUCAGUAUUUUUUAUCGCCAAAGUCCUUACUGCGCUAUGCUUUCUUGUUAGACAUUGUUAAACCCACCUGCCGGAGAUCCACGUGUUUUACAAAAGGGUAUGGACACUAUGUAGAAGGAACUGGCUCAGUUCUGCAGACAGCAGUAGAUGUACAGCUUGAAUCAGUGUUUAAACACAUUGACGAGUUACCAGAAGAAGAGAAGCUUAUGAAAUUGUCAACACUAAAACUGAGGUACUUUACCCCAAGAGAAAUAGCAAAUCUUCAUGGAUUCCCUUUGGAAUUUGGUUUUCCUGAAAAGGUAACAGUAAAGCAAUGCUAUCGUCUUCUGGGAAACAGCCUCAACGUACAUGUGGUGGCAAAAUUGAUCUCCGUUCUACUUGAAUGAUUUAGAAUCUGAAACUGAUGCAUAUGGACUGGUGACAGAAAAUACUUUAAUCUUUUAGAAGAAAGCUGCUGGAACCUGGACGAAAAACAGAGCUUACCAAGAUAUCUGUCCAGACAUUAUGCUGAACAGUUUUGAUAUAUUUUUAAUAACUUGCAUUCACGAUGGAUUUAAACUGUAUAGGUGUUUUAUUUAAAUGUCAGUUUACAGGACUAAUUUGCUUUAUUUAAAUAUUCUUUUUAGUUUGCAGAAUGGAAAUAGCAGCAUAUGCAAAUGCUUCAAUGAGAAAGGAUAAGAUUAUUUUAUUUUUUUAUCUUAGUACUGUGUGAAACUGUGUCAAAGCUAUUUUAAUUAGGUGCAGAGACCAAGUUCUAUGUGUAAAAUGUCUUCAUCUUUAAGUGUAAAUGAUCCAUUCUGAAAAGAUUUACUGUAUAUAUAUGAAAUUUUGAUGUGAUUUUUGUAGCUCAUGAAACUAUUAAAUUCAGUAUUUUAUAUACAA